AUGUCAAAUCCACUGUCACCGUUAUCCCCAUCCUGCCAGAAUGCGCGAGCGCGCUCCCCAAAGACCGGCUCGUCGCCAUUUCUCACGAAAACACUCGACGAGGCUACUGCCAAUCAUAUCCCACAAAGUCCCUUGAAAAACGCGUGGACAGAAUACGACGCGCAAAGCCCGAUCACGUACGGUUCAAAAGAGAAUUACCUCCGGACCGAACACGAGACGAAAUUCAACGACGACUUCGAGCCCCAGAGUUCGCCCUUCCGCUACGAGGCGCGCGAAGAGACUGUUGAUUUUUAUAAAUUGCAAGAGUACCAAAACGAUCACGGACGGAAGCUAAGUGCGCCUGGCGUAUCAUAUCACCGGUUUGACGUUUUAGAGGAAGAGAGAGAAGAGGGCCCCAUGAGUUCGCCCUUCCGUCCUGAUGCUAGAGACGAGACGGUUGUCUUUCAACACUUGCGCGAGCUGCAGCCAUUAUCACCGAUUUUGAGCAAGCGACUUGACGUUCAAAACCCGGAAAGCUCGCCUUUUCGCCCUCAGGCGAAGGACGAGACGGUUGAUUUGGAAAGGUUGCGAGGGUUGCAGGCUGAGUCUCCUCCUUUUGAUGCAGAGCCUGGCCUGAGUCUCCCCCGCUACAAUGAGCAACCUGAAUCUCCGCGAUACGAGGGACAGCCCGAGUCUCCCCGCUACAAUGAGCAACCUGAGUCGCCUAGCUAUGAUGAACAGCCCGAAUCGCCCCAUUAUGACGAGCACCCAAAUUCUCCUCCACGCGAUGAGCAACCGAUGCAGCCCGAAAGUUCACCGUUUCGGUACGAGCAGAGGGAAGAGGCGGUUGGUUUCUAUCAUUUGAAUGAUAACCAGCGCGAGUCCAACGAGGAAGCCAAAUCGCCUUCUCCGCCCGUAGCGCACAGCUCACCUUUCCGGCAACGCACGAAGGAUACCAACGAUCUCCAGAGGCUGCGGGAAAGCCAACGACAAUCAUUUGGUAGAGCGAAGCAGACUUCUCCUACUAUUUCCCCGAAGUCUUCUUUCAGGAGCCCGAAAGAAUCUACGAUCGAUGUACAGAAGCGGCGCUCAGCGGUGCGUACAUCAUGGGGUGUGGAUGGACGCCAGUCAACAGCAGCCACGCCUCGAAAACGGUCCUUUGACCAGACUCCACAAGAUCAUGAAGAGCAGGCCAAUGAUCGUUGCAAGAAGGGUAUGGUUACCCGUGCUGAUCCAGAGACUCACGAGGAUUACGAAGAAGGGUCUAGUGUCAUCCACAACCAGAGCUAUGUGUCGAAUACAAGUUUGACUCAUGAACGCUCAGCAAUCGGCAAUAGCAUGAUGGAAGACAAGCGCAAUGAAGGAAUGAGUACUGUUCUCCAUGAGGAUGAUGACGAUGUACCAGCAAAUAAAAGAACCCUCGCUGACAAGGACCUACCCGUGGUGGGCGAGAACGAUCGCGAUUCCAUGGACGACACCGGUCUGAGCAAUUUCUCUGCUUUGCCAGACAUGACUUCAUUCGCGAAGCUGCGAGCUGAUUCACCGUUGAAGUCGAUGCGCGGUAGCGUCGGACCCGGAUCAGCUGCCAGGACGGAUAUCUAUCGACUCGGCGUGGAUCCGAGUACACCUGGCACUGCACGGAGAUCAUAUAGACCUAGUGCGAUGUACGAUGUUGACUCGCCAAUUGGCUCGCCGACGCCCAGACGGAGAGCUUCUCGGGAUAUUGGUCUCUCACGAGAGACAUCCAACUUGCUUGAUCUGACCGACAAUAUGAACUUCUAUCCUCGCCAAUCUAUGCAAUCUAAUGCUCGUUACUCUCCCCGGCGCUCACCCAUGAGGAACACGCGUCAGUCGAUGCGAUCCCCAUCGAAGUUUUCACUGCUUGACUUUGACAUCCCACCUGCACCGACUCCCCGGUCAAUUCCGAUCAUCACGCCACGAGAACUUGAGUCGCUAAAAUCAGCCUUUAUGUCUGAGAUUUCCUCUCUCAAGGCCACUCUCAGUGGCAAAGAGGCGGAGGUCGCUAGUUUGAAAACGGCGGUUGGCGAUGCCGAGCGACGAGUCGGUGAGGCUUGGGAAGAGGUCCGCCAUGAAAUCGCGAGGAAGGAAGAAUUGGAGGUCGAGCAGGAAGAAUGGGGUCGCCGCGGCAAGGAAAUGGAAACGGUGCUCCUGUCUGUCCGGUCUGAACUGGAGGACGGUGAGCGCGAGCGAGACCGUCUCUCUCGAAAGGUCGAUGAGGCCGAAAAGAGCAAGGACGAGCUAGAGAGCCGGAUUGUCGAGCUUGAAACCCAGCUUUCUGCUGCACGCUCUAGCACGGAAUCGAGCACGGUCUCUGGCCCUCGCCACAACAUUUCGCAAUCCACGGAAGAGACUGCUCGCGAAGUCCAGGAUGCGGUUGAAAAAGUUGCACGCGAGCUUCACACUCUGUACAAAAGCAAGCACGAGACCAAGGUCGCAGCACUGAAGAAAAGCUAUGAGUCCCGCUGGGAGAAGCGUCUUCGCGAGGCUGAGCGUAAGCUCGCCAAUGCUCAUCAAGAGAACGACCGCCUCAGGGAAGAGCGCGAUGCGGCGCAGUCAGACAGCAUGGCUGCCGCCAAUGCCAGUAUGAUCGGCCGCGAGCACGAUGACCACGAAGCCGAGAAGCGCGUGCUGGAAGCUCAGAUCCAGGGUCUGCAGCGUGAGAUGGCGUCUAUCAAGGAGGACAGCGAUCGUCUUCGCUUUGAGCUCAAAUCGGAGCGUGCUGAGAAGGGCGAGCUUGUCGCUGCUGUGGAUGAGUGGCUCGCGAUUCAGAACCAACCUACUCAGCAGCCCCUGGCGCAGGAAAAGCGCGAGGUUUCCGUCUCGUCUGUUGGACCCACCGAGGAGGAAUAUCAAUCCUCCAGCGAGGUUCCCGCUGAGAAUUUCCGUCGCAGCGUAAGCCGCUCUGGAUCCAGUGGCAUCCGCCCUCCUGCAUCUGGCAAGAAAAGAAUCCCACAAUUCGGAGCUGGCAGUGGUCACUCUCGCGGCAACAGUGGAGGCAAGUCUGGAAUCGCCCUCCCACCCCAGGUCGGGGUGGUAUUAUGA